UGAGAAGUAAAGAAGAGUCAGGCUGAAGUUGGCAACAGAUAAUAAGAAUUUGACUAUAGAGGACUGAAGAAAGGUCAUCUUCUCUGAUGAGUCCAGUUUCAGCUUUGCUCAACACCUGGCCAUCAAACAUUUAGAUGGAGACCUGCAGAGGUGUACUUGCACCCACUGAGAAAUUUGGUGGAGGAUUGGUGAUGAUCUGGGGAUGUGUCAGCAAAGCUGGAAUUGGGCAGUUUGAUCUGCGUGAAUGAUGCAUGAAUCAGGCUACAUGUUUAUUUGGCCAUUUCUCAUUUUCUGCAAAUAAAUGCUCUAAAUUACAAUAUUUUUAUUUGGAAUUUGGGAGAAAUGUCGUAAGUAUAGAAUAAAACCACAAUGUUAAUUUUACCUUAAUAUAAUAAACAGGUAUAAAAAAUGAUCAGUUUUAAUGUACCUCAUAAAACUCUAUAAAACUCCUAAGUUCCUACAGUGCCAACUGUGUUUUCUUUCAGGGUCUCCGAGGCUGAACCUGGUUCUGUGUGGGAGUAACAGAGAGCUGAAGUUCUCCAUAUCAGAUCUUAUUCUGGGUCAACGAGAGCGUAGACUAGAGUCCAGAUCAGUGUGUGUGAGGAGAGAGGCAGAAGUAUGUGGACGUCUGAUCACCCUGGUGGAGCUUCCAGCUCUCUACAGGUCUCAGCUCUCAGAGGAGGAAGUGAUGCAGGAGACUCUCCGCUGUGUCUCUCUCUGUGAUCCUGGAGUUCAUGCUUUUCUCCUCGUCCUGCCUGAGGGAUGCCUCACUGAUGAAGAUAAGAGAGAAAUGGAGAAGAUCCAGAACAUAUUUUGCUCUAAAGUUGAUAAUCAUUUAAUGGUUCUUUUCACCACAGAGCCUGCUGUUAGUGGAAACACAUCAGAUUUUAUAAGACAUAACAAAACCGCCAAAAAACCUGCUGACAGUUCUGGACAAAGGUACAGAAUAUUGGAAACAAAAGUGGGGAAAAACUCCAAACAGGUUCCAGAGCUAUUGGAUGAAAUUGAAAAAACAUUGACAACAAAGCCAUAUUCUCUAUACAUGUAUGUACAAGCUCAAGAGGAAAGAGCUCAACAACGUCUUCAAGAAAGCCACAAAGAAGAACUGAGCUUAAUGCAAAUUAAAAUCCAGGAAUUAAAGGAAAAGCUCCAGACAGAAGGUUAUGAAGAUGAACGACUGGAUUCAACUUGCUUGAGGACUGUACUCAUUGGAAAAACAGGAAGUGGGAAGAGUGCAACAGGAAACACCAUCCUGGGAAAAGAUGUUUUUGUGAGUGAAGCUAGUAUGGUUUCUGUGACAAAGAUUUCUCAGAAAGUAGUUGGAAAAAUUCAGGGAAGGACAGUUGCAGUUGUCGACACUCCAGGACUAUUUGAUACCACACUGUCAAAUGACGACGUAACAGAAGAAAUUCAGAAGUGCAUCUCACUGUCAGCACCGGGACCCCACGCUUUCAUCAUUGUGCUGAGUGUGGGAAGAAUCACCAAUGAAGAAUUGGAAACUUUAGAUCUAAUUAAAAAGAUAUUUGGUCCAAAGGCUGCCAAAUUCAGUGUAGUGCUGUUCACCAGAGAAGACGAUCUCAAAAAUCAGCCCAUAGAGCAAUACAUAGAAAAUGGUGACGGUAGAAUGAAGAAGCUGAUCCGAGAUUGUGGAGGUCGGGUCCUGGCCUUCGAUAACAAAAACAAAGACAGCAACCAAGUUUCUAAACUGCUAAAACAAAUCGAAAAUUUGAUCAAAUCAAACAAAGGCCAACACUUCACAAAUGAAAUGUUCCAAAAGGCAGAAAUGUCCAUCAAAAAGAAAAUGGAGGAAGUUCUAAAAGAGAGAGAAAAAGAGAUUGAAGCUGAAAAGGAGAAACUUUCAGCUAAAUACAACACUGAAAUGGAAAAAAUUAAGAAGACACUGCAGGAAGAAAAAUUAAAAUCUGAAGAGGAAAAAUGGAAAAUGGAGAAAAAAUUCAGCGAAAAGGUUGAAGCUUUUCAAAAAAAGUUUGAGGAAAAAGAUGAAACAGAGAGGAAGAAGCGGGAAAUGGAAGACAAAACAAGAUCGACGGAAGAACAAAAGCAAAUGCAGAAACUGCAGCAGAGAAUUGAAGAGCUGGAAAAAGAAAAUACAAAACAGAGGGAUCAAUUUGAGAAACAGCUGAGGGACAGAGAUGAAGAGGAUAAAAAGAGAGAAGAGAGGUACAAACAAGAAAAAGAGAAACUGAGAGCUGAACAAAAUCGAACCCUAGAGGAUCUGAAAAAGAGACAGGAUGAAGAACUUAAAAGGAGAGAUCUGGAGGAGCACAAAAGAAAAAAAGUUGAAGAAAAUGAGAGACAGACCUGGGAGAAAAAAAUAAAAGAAGCUGAAAAUGAAAGAAAAGAGAUACAAGAGGAUCUUAAACGACAACAGAAGGAGUGGGAGGAAGAAAAGAAACGACAGAUGAAAGAACGAGAAGAAAAAGACCGUCAAAGAAAACUGGACCAUGCAAAAGAACUUAGAGUAAUACAAGAAGAGCAAGAAAGAAUGAGAGAGAAGUUUGAAAAGGAGAGAGAACAAGAAAGAUGCAGGAGAGAGGAAGAGAAAAAACAGUGGAGGGAAGCAGAGAAAAAAGAGAAUGAGCAAAAAGUGAGAGAGUACGAAGAAAAGAAACGAGCAGCAGAAGCUGAGAUGUUAAAAAAGAAGGAAGAACUGGAGCAAAUGAAGAUGGAAGAAUGCGAAAAACGAAAACAGGAGGAUGAAAAAAGAAAAGAAGAAGAAAAUGAAAGACUGCAGAAACUCAGCGAGGAAAUAGAGAAAGAACUGCAGGAGGAGAUAAAGAAGAGAGAGAGUGAAGACAAAGCUAUUAAAGAGAAUGAGAUGAAAAAGGAGAAAAUGAAAAAGGAAUUUGAAAAGAAAAUGAAUGAAAUUAAGCGUAAAUAUGAGGAGGAUGCCAGAAAAACUGCUGAGCAGUUCACUGAUUAUAAAGACAGGAAAGACAGAUACAUCCAAGAACUGAUUGAGGAACAUCGAAAAGAGCAUGAAGUUUUGCAGAGGCUGCUUGAAAUCGCUGAGCAAAAGAAAUCUGUUGAAAUCAAAGACCUACGUGCAGAACUCGACAAGUUAAAAGGUCAAAAGAAGUGUGCUAUUCAGUAAGACUAAGUUCAAGUUCUGGCUCUGAUUCUAUAGACAUUUUACUUGUUCUUUUUUCUUUUCUCUAACGCCAAAGACAAGAAACUGUUUUAUGCUUAAUCCUCCAAAUCUGUAUAUGCUAACUAAAUUCUGUUUAUCAAAAUAUUUUUCUUCAUUUAUGAUUUUUUUUUUAUCCUAGUAGUGCCUCAAAUGAGACCAUUGUUAAUUAUUUUGUAACACUUGGUGGUUGUUUAGAAUGUUCCAGUGUGCAUAAUCUAUUUUUGAUUACUUCUGAAAUGAUUUGUACUAUGUAAUAGUUUAGCAUGUUUGAUUCAGAAUAGAAAGUGAUUUAUGUCUUUGCAUCUAAUUUUAUAAACUGUUUAUUUAGUUUAUCUAAUAUUGUAACCCUCAUGUAUGGUCAAGCAAAUUUUAAAUAAAAUAAUUUCAUAAUCUGCUUGGGUGUUUUGACUGUAUGCACAUAUUUAGAACAUUCAGAAUAAGGUCUUUUUAAAUAAAAGUAUUAU